CAAGUAUGGCGGGGGUUCGAAAAAAGAAAUAAAAGAAAUAAUAAAGUAAACAGUAGAAUUGCUGUAUGUAUAUCGUUUUCAGUGAUCACACUAGCAGAUCUCACCAAUAUGAGAUUGCUCAAGCCUUCGUGGGUCACGCAUGACGGUAAACCAAUAUUUUCAAUUGACAUUCACCCAGAUGGUUCAAGAUUUGCAACGGGUGGUCAAGGAGAUGAUUCAGGAAAGGUUGUCAUCUGGAAUUUUGAACCCGUCAGAGAUGAAAAAGCAGAGAAUGAUGAAAAUGUACCCAGGGUCCUUUGUCAGAUGAAUAAUCAUCUGGCAUGCGUGAAUUGUGUUAGAUGGUCAAAUAAUGGGAAAUCCCUAGCAUCUGGAGGAGAUGAUAAACUUAUCAUGAUAUGGCAGACUUCCAGAGCUGGAGUUGGUCCUUCGUUUGGUUCUGGGACUCCAACUUAUGAACAAUGGCGGCCAGCAGCAACACUAAGGGGCCACACAGGGGAUGUCCUUGACCUGGCAUGGUCUCCCAAUGACAGCUGGCUGGCGUCCUGCAGUGUUGAUAACACAAUCAUUGUGUGGAAUGCUGACAACUUUCCAGCCCAAGUUGCUGUGAUCAAAGGACACAAUGGAUUAGUGAAAGGAGUCACAUGGGAUCCAGUGGGAAAAUAUUUAGCUUCUCAGUCUGAUGACAAGAGUCUGAGGGUGUGGAGAACAAGGGACUGGAAAGAGGAGGCCAAAAUAACAGAGCCAUUUGCAGAGUGUGGAGGAACCACUCAUGUUCUUCGCUGUCACUGGUCACCAGAUGGUGCUUACAUUGUUUCUGCUCAUGCUAUGAACAACUCAGGACCUACAGCUCAGAUCAUAGAAAGGGAAGGUUUCAAAACCUCCCUGGAUUUUGUAGGACACAGAAAAGCCAUAACUGUAGUGAGAUUCAAUCCAAACAUAUUUUCAGAGAAAAUGAAGAAAGGAUGUGAACAGACUAAGCAGUAUACUUGCUGUGCCAUUGGAAGCAAAGAUCGUUCUCUUUCUGUUUGGUUGACUGCUCUGAAAAGGCCUUUGGUGGUGACCCAUGACCUUUUUGAAAACACCAUCUUGGAUAUCAGCUGGAGUAAAUCUGGCAUGGAACUGAUGGCCUGUUCCAGUGAUGGUACUGUGGCCUAUAUUGAAUUCAGUAAGGAUGAAAUAGGCGAUCCAAUGGCACAAAAUGAUGUGGAACUCUUUCUUGAGAAGAUUUACGGGAAGUGUAUGACCAAAAACAAUUCCUCCACCAGCGGGACCCAGAUUAUAGAGUCGGCCGCCUUACUGAAGUUACAGCAGCAGAAACGCGAGGAGAUGCAGAAAAAACUGCCAGAGAUGGACGAGAAAUGUAACCUCAGUAGAAUGUCAGACAGUCAGGGGAGUCCAUUCAAGCCAACUGACAAACAAAUUGAAACAAAGACGGCUGAUGGCAGAAGACGGAUCACUCCAAUAUUCCUAGCCCCACAGCUGGAUGUCAAUGUUGGAGAGGCACCAUUGCCCUUCAAAAGCCAGGGCAUUAACUUCACCUCCAGAAAAGAAACCAGCAAGAUAGUCGUAGAGAAACAGAACAUUGUCACAACUAAAGGGAUGAUCUCCCCUACCUCACGUUCCAAUCUGUCAAAUUCCAACUUCUCAAACCAAAACACUUCUCCUGUGCUACCCCCACCAGGUGGGGAGGGGACCCCCAAAUCCCAGCCCCCUCCCCUUGGAGGGGACACCACUCCCAAACCAACCCAGGAUACCAGCCCGGUGGCUGAGAAAAUGGACACUGCCCCACCCUCAGAAAGUGCUCCUCCAUCAACUCCAAGCAAAGUCAUCAACGUUUCCAUCCAGCCAAUGACUGCACUAUCUAAGCCAAAAAUUAAGCACACCUCAUCAGAAAAGAAAUCCUCUGAGAAGUCUGAUGGCAAGGAUAAAACUCCAAGUGUCAAGGACAAGAUAAAAACUCCUUCGGAGAAAAUUGACAAGGUAAAAGACCACAAAUCUUCAGCUGGAGUAAAACGCAAACAUGACGGUGAAAAGAAGGAGGAGAGACGCGGCCGCCCUCGUAAAAUCGACAAGGAGCGAUCCCUCAUGUCUACUCCUGUGUCUCAUUAUGUACCACCAGUGCUGGACAGUCAGGGAGCUUCUUACCUACCAGCUGUCCCAGAGCUGGAGCUACCAGUGGCCUCAGUUCAGAAAACCUUUACCAAAACUGUUGGAGGACGGGAUAGCUCUCUUACAGUGGAGGUAGAAAACACCAUUAGUAUUGGAGUCCACACACUGCACAAGAUGAGGUGUGUUCAGGAAGGACUCACUCUCUGGGAACAAGUACUGAACUCUCCUAUUUUAACAGUCACUGGAUCAAAAACUGUUGUGUGUGCGUCGUGUGAGGAUGGGUCCCUACACAUGUACACCAGUACAGGAUCUCGGAUCCUCCCCUGUAUUGUCCUAGAUUCCAAAGUCUCCAAACUCCAUAUCAAGGGCUUCUUUGUCAUGGUCAUCACACAGAAAGCUUUCCUGUAUAUAUGGAAUGUUCAGCAGCAGUCUGCAGUUAUCAGGAAAGAAUCAUUAAAAACAAUCAUAUCAGGGAGUGAUGACCUUCAGAGGUCAAUGUUGACAGAGGAGGGGAUGCCCAUUAUCACAGUUCACAACAAAAAAUCUUACACCUUCUCCAAAGACAUGGGCACCUGGAUGCUCCUCCAUAACAAAGCAGACUCUCUCCAGCAGUGCUCAGACCACCACAGCUGUGCACCGCCUAGAGACUCCACCAAAAUUCAGGGACCACUGGCUUCACUACAGACCUCGCAUGAAAGACUGGGUAUGCAGGCCAGUCGUAUCUUCAGUGCUGGACAGUCGCUGCAGCAGAGCUCCACCCUCAGUCAUAUAGAAUCCCAGCUGUCAGCCUGUCUACUGCUCAAGUCUGCCCCAGAGUACAAGUUCUGGCUGCAGACCUACACAAGAUAUCUCUCUCAGGAAGGACUCGAGUCAGAAUUCAGGCACAUCUUUGAGUCCAAACUUCGAGAUGUUUGUGAUGAUCUCUUAGGACCAGUGUACAAGACAAAGGGAAAGUCCUCCUGGAAUCCACUCCUAUUGGGGAUGGAUAAAAGAACACUACUUAAAGAGAUGUUACCAAGCAUUGGCUCUAAUCUUAAACUCCAAAGACUUUUUACUGAGUACCAUGACCAACUGGAGUCUAUUGAGGACAGAUGAACUAGGACCUUAUGUAAUUGUUGAAUUCUGGGAUAUCACAUAGAACACUGUUGAAUUCUGGGAUAUCAGGUGUUGAAAAAUGGCAGAUUUCUUAACCAAAUGUCACAAAUUCAAAUCCUCCAAUGGACUCUGUAUACUGCUGAUACUGCAUACAAGUACAUUUACUUUGCUCAAAGCUGUGAUGAAUAAAAAUGUAGCAAAAAUAUUAGAAAUUAAGUAAUAAACAGCAAUUUGUUUGCUGAUAGAAAUAAGUACAAUUUUCAUCACUACAGAUAUUUAAAUUGCAUUUAUUAGGCUAAGCCUAUCUAAUUACCCUGAAUUAUCUUUGUUUAGAGAUCCGUGCUAGUGAUAACAGUGCUAAGAUUUCUUUUGACUACAUACAUGUCUUUUCUUAUAAGUCAUUUUAUGUGAGGUAGAUUUUAAAUUUCUUUACAUGCAUUGUCUGUGUAUGAUUUUUUCAUACCUUGAUUAUAAUUGACAGUGCAGCUAGUAGGCAGCUUGGACUAAUGAUGUAUUUAUUUCAUGAUUUUCACGAAUUAUAGGAAAGAAAUAUAUGCGGUAUAUUGCAUAUCUUUGCCUCCACAAAAAUCAAAUUUUAAAAAAUUCUUGAAAUGUGCUGAAUUUUAUACAUUGUAUGAGAAAUAUAAAUUAACAGAACAUAUUAUAAUUUCAAAGUAGUUUAUUGACAAUUUUUUUUUAUGACGUCACAAACAAGUCCGAUUUUAUAUCAUUUUUUUUAGAAAGAGAACAAAAUGGACAAAAUUUCAACAAUUUUAGCUUUAAAAUUUAUAGAGUGCAAGAUAUUUACAUAUUUCACUGAUAUUAUCAUUCUACACAUUAUAUCAAAAUACUGAGCCUGAUCAGACCUGCACUCGGUGACUUUUUCUUCAAAAUAUCGAUGUAAUAUAUAGAUUUUUCUGUAAAAAUCAUGGAAAUUUUAAAUUUACGUCAUUUUUGUGAUGUCAUUUCAAACAUAUGACAUCAUUGCUUAUGAAAAUAUUCAGUGCUUUGAAGUCAGCAUGUAUUCCCCUGUUUAAGAACAUAAUUAUUUCUCCAUCAAAGUUUGACUUGGGGGGCAAAUAUUGGUUAUUACCAAACAAAGUUCUUUCUUGAAAACCACUCUCAAUAUUCCAUACUUGAAAGAUGGUAAUCCAUAUACACAUACCCGCAAACACUUUCCCUGGUAGAACUUCCAAACCAAUUCUAGUGCAUUUUAUAUAAAAAAAUUAUCAAUGAUUUUUUUUAAAGUUUAUUAUUAAAAUAACUUGCAGCUAUUUUUACAUAUUAUUACUAUUUUUGGAAUAAUUAAUCAUGUUUUAAUUAUUUCUAUAUGUUGUACUAUGUUAUAGCAUGGGGAAAAAGAGUGAAAUAAGGCCAUCUUCAAAAAUUGUUGGUUAGCCCUCUCCGGACUGACUGCCUAAAAAAAGUCCCACCUCAAAACUUCUUUACCUCCAUGAAACAAUUUCUCUCCCUUUUUGUAUUUUUUAUUUCUUUCAACCUCCGAACUUGUAUCUUGAAAUUUUUUAGGGAGAAACUUUUCCCCACCUAUUUACACGCCAAAUUAUUUUACGGCAAGUCAAGAGAGGGCAAACAAACAUUGUUUCAAAGAUGGUCUUAUCUUUGAGAUUUCGAAAAAAGAUAUGUCAGGGAUAUUUAUUUUGUAAUCUGAAACAGUUGGGUAAAGAGAACGAAAUAGAUUUUGAACUACAAUAUGUACUAGUAGAUUUUGAACUACUAGUUCCUUGUGAUGACAAUUUUGUAUGAACUCUUUUGAUUAUCAUACUUGAUUAAGCAUUUCAGGUGUAUACUAUACAAAAUGUUAAUUCACUUUCUAGAGCAUGCAUUCAAUCAUUCUAUUGUCAUCUUGCUUCUAUCUUACAUUUGAAAAGAAAUUUUUAGCUAUACCUGUAAUAUAUAUUGUACUUUCUGUUGAAGUACCCUUGAUUUAAUAUCAAUCAUUGUAUUAUCUGUUCUGAACAGAUUGGGUUGUUAAUAAAUGUAUGAAUUGAACAUAUUGAAAAAAAUAUAUAAAGCAUUGAAACAUUCAAGUUCAAAACAA